AUGGCAGCUGCCCCCACACCGUCGGCUCCCCUGGUGUGUCAGAAGUGCCAGGAACCCACGACCAUGAGUUGCAGCUCGGCAACGGGCCGCAACCCGUUGUUGAGAGCCUGCAACGGAUGCCUCGCGACGGAGAGAUGGUUGACACGUUCCAGCGCCAGGCCGAAAGUCGGCAAGACUGAGUCCGAGCAGGACAAGGAGCGGCGGGUGUCAGCCCUCCAAGUAAAGGAGGACCUCAAGAAAAAAACGCCAGAAGAAAAGGCUCAGUGGUACCAAAGCCAGAAGCUGCAACGUGCCCAGGAGGAGCAGUCCAAAAAGAGGACUUUCUCCUCCGCGGUCGGAUCUGUCGAAGACAUCCGUGAGAAACAGAACAUCUCGGACGAUGUCGAGAGUUUCGUAACCUUCCGCACCUGGGCACAACAGGAACUCACCCUCAAAACGUUCUCGACUCUUGCAGAGGCAAAAGUUGCCUGGGAGAAGAAAAUCAAGGACCCCAACACGAGGACCAUGCAGAAGCAUGGUGAGACACUCAUGUAUGAAUUCCGGGGACGCAUGGACAUCGGCUCCCAGGAAGACCUCGACGAGUAUCACGAGGAGAGCGGGAGCAGGAUGAAGCGAGCUCGCCAACGGUUGGACAUUGAGACUGCGGCCAAGUUCGAGGCCGGGGAGGCCGAGCUGGAGAAGCCGGUGCCGCUUUUGACGGUGUCCAAGGACAUCGGCCAGCUGAAAGAAAUCGAAGAGAGCAGGGACGAGGAGCUGUUUUCUCUUGCCACGAAAGUUGCAGCAGAGAAAAAGGCCCAACAGGCCUUGAAGAAAGAGGAGCUGGAGAAGAAGCCCAAGAGUCUCCCACUGGAGAAGCUCGCCUUCGAGGCGGCUCGAAAGAAGGCCAUCCAGUCCAUGAGCGACGUGGGGCUGCGGUUGCGCAGCAGCCUGACAGCUCAGGACACGGAGCUGGAAAAGACCCUGGAGACGGAGAGCCAGGAUCUGCGAGACGAAAGGAGCGAGAAAGUGAAGGAGAUCGACCAGAUGCUGGCCUCUGUGCAGGAGGCAAUGCAAGAGAAGGACCUUGAGUGGAAAGAGUGGGAGAACAGCACCUGCCCAGAGGAUCUCGCGUUAAAGAAAAGCAUCAACGACCGGGAGAAAGCAGCAGCAAAGACAUCAGCCAACAAGAAGCUGUCCGGUGGUGAGAAAAACCUCGCACUUCUUGCCGCCGAUCUAUGCGGCUGCACCCUGGAGCCGACAGGCUCCGUGGACUACUCCUACAUCGGCCCGAACUUGCUGAAGAAAAACUCCCCGCUCGCGUUCGAAAAAGCCCGCAGCAGCCAGCUCACGGCAACCAUCCGGGGCCUGGAAUAUUACCGCCUGCAAAAAUCCUGGGUUGCGGAGAAGAUGAAGAGUGCGAACACUUCCUCCAGCACGGCGAUGAUAAGCAAGAAGCCGGUGGUGAAGAAGUUGGGGGAUGUGUUGCUUCGGUCCUGGUCAGAGAUCUACGGCGGAGCAGAGGAGCGGGCCUGUCUCACGGGCGUUCCGGAGGAUAUGAAAGACCACUUCGUGGUCCAGUUCGGACAGCGGAUGAAGAAGACUUGCAGUGUUCUCUUCCGCACGGAUCUUAACCUGCCCACCCUGGUGGUGGUGCUGGAAGGCCGCUUGACCAUCGGAGGGUUUCGCCAGCGAGUGCUCAAGGGGAGCACAGAGGCGGAAAAGGCAGCUGAGGUGGAUGCCUUGAAGGCACCGGAUGUCCAACGAAUCGUCAACAAAGACGGCUGGGUCGUCAAGCUGGAAGCCGAAUCCAGCAUGGUGCUGCCUCCCGACACGGUGUUUUUCGAGAUCGCAAGUGAUGAAGACGUGCACACAGUGCGCCAAUUGCUGGGGCGUGAGUGCUUCCUGCCCUGUGCCAAGGAGUACUUGAAGGCACUCAAGUCGGCAGGAAAUCUGCAGGAAGGGAGCCGAAUGCACAAAAUGCUGGAGUAUUUGAAGAUGGACAGAGCCAGCGCGAGCUGA